AAUGUAGAGAGGUGUACAAAAAUGUUUUCUUCAGAGGACCAGCAGACACAAAAGCAUUCAAGAGACCCACGCGAAGAGAUUUUGCUGGAAACUAACUUUGAAGACGAUGGCGUUCUAACUCGGGCUUACAACACCAAUCAGUGCUAUUGUAAUACGAAUCGACGGAAAACACAUCGGUCUGAUUUUUCUAUUGAUCGUUAUACAGAACGCGGAGAAGGCGACUGCUGUCAAUCAUGUAUGGCGAGGAUUCCUUAUGCCACCCUCAUAGCAACUCUUAUGUGCCUGUUGGGUGUAGGCAUUUUUUGUGGCACCAUGUACAGGGGAGCUUCAUUAACCGUAAUAAUGAUGGAUCAAGUAUUUCAUUUACGACUCAUUUGGAUCGAAGCGGUACAGAUGAUAUUUGUCACUAUUGCUGCUGCGAUGGCUGCAUUAGGUUUCAUGAUCUUAUUUGUUGGAUUUCUUGCGACGGGAGCUACUCGCCAUAAAGUAUAUCGAGCAUGGAGAUCGCGAGUUGGCGGUCGCAUAUCAUGUGCAGUGCUAAUGGGUUUGACGUAUUUGUUAAAUUUUGUUUGGACGUUGAUCUUAUGCUUUCUGGUGGUGUGCACAUUUAUUUUUACCAUGUUUUGGAAUAUGUGCUCAAGUGUGGAGCAUUCUCGGAGUUGCAUAGAUUUGACCCAAUUUCAUUUCAUGUUUCCCGCAAACACCAAACAAGAAGACAUGAAGAUAUGCGAAACCUAUGAAAUAAAGGCGUUUUGUAAAGACGGCGUGGAAAAUGCUGAAGUGAUGUUUAUAUUAGCAACAUUAGCGACUUUAUUGGUUAUUUUAAGCCUUGUCCAUUACUUAAUGUGCUUAUCUGCAAACUAUGCUCAUAUACGUGACCAUGAAAAAUUUCAAGAAUUGCAGGAAAUACAAAAUCUUAAUGAGUUAGAAUACAGCGCAACAUCAAAGGAUCGGUUUUAGGAUAUAUUUCAGAAGAUUCAUUUUGAGCUACAAGAAAGCGCUGUACUUGAUGGAUAUUUUUCUUAGGAAAAUAAAUUCAACUAUUCCACAGCCGAACGGAGUAAAUUUCUUGAAGCAUUUCGGUAUUGUGAGCUUCUCCAAUUUCUAACCCCAAGCUCGUAAACCACCCAAGGACGGAUCCAUUUCAUCAAGAAUAAAUCACCAAUUCCUCUUUUUGAUUUCUCCCAUUUCUGACACACGAUAAUACAAUAAUAAAAUUCAAUCGAAUGGCAACUCCAACAAGCGAUACUCGAUAUUGACUCUCUCGAUUCGAAAAAUGUAGAAUUCGAUUGAAAAUUUUCGAAAUCGAAAACAGGCCACUCCGGUUAAUUGAAAACAGUAAAAUGCAAGACAUUUUUGUUUUCAAUUAUACAAAGUCUGAUGUUUGUAGAAUUAAGUAUGUUUUCCAUUAGCAGAAGUUCAGAUACGUUAAAGGUUUUUACAUUUAAAAAUUUGUAAUUAUAAAAAUUAUGAAAAAUCUGUAAUGUGAAGUUAGCGAGAAUAAGGUAAAACGGUAGCGUUGACCAAACCAAAAAAAAAAAGAUAAUGAAUGUUUUCAAUUAAUCGGAGUUGAUAUCUUUGAAUUAUAACUUUUCUUACAAUAAUUUGUUGUUGUUCUUGUUGUAGCCACAUCAAAGGGGGGCUCCAGCCUGUGUGUGAAAUGAGUGAAAAAGCCCUUAUAAUCAAUUGGUCCAAGUGAUUGUUUUCAAUUAACAAACUUUUUUAAUUAAACGGUGUUCAAAUAAGCGGAUUCGACUGUACCGUGAUUAGGCCCCAGAUUUUAAACAUGUUUAAAUCGAAAUAUUUGCUCUUAACAUUAAGGUACAUACUAAGAUCGGCUUAUUAUUAAAAAAGAGACUAUAGUGCAAAAUAUAUUCCCUCCAAAAACUUUCUCCAGCAAGAUAGUUUUUAUUUGCGACUGAUGGUUUACAACCGAUUUCAAUUUGACCAAGCAAUAAACAAUGAAUGCUUAUCCACUAGAAAAUGAUCGAAAUGGAUUCUUCUGAAAUUUUUACAAGUAACAGUACAUUUGAGAUAUGUUAUUAUAUGUACAUAAUAAGUAUUGACGUAGACUAACUAAAAACGAUUUACAACGAGUUCGACUAUACAAAAAUAACAAAUAGAUUUAGAAUUUUUGAACAUUUUAUUUACUAAAUCAAUCUAUAAAAUAAAAAUUUAUUUAAAUUAUUAAUUUUAUUAAAAAAAAUUUCUUUACAUAUUCCAAUCAAAGAAGUUCUCCAUGUAACCAAUCACUUAGUAUAUAAGUUUGAUCCAAAUAAAAUCGAUAGUGUUCUCAUUUUGUUUUAAAUUCAUAAUACGUGUGUAAAUAAAUAGAGUGGAUGACAGGAGUAGGGGUUCAGUACAUUAGCAGAUGUUUAUUUAAUGUUUGAUCUCAGCGUCCAAAGUGCUCGUGUAAGAAGCGUUCUCUAUGAUCCGGUCUAAAGAACGCUAUGUUGUCAUUCGACUAGAUAUUGUUGCACUGUUUUGGAUAUAUAUAAAAUAUUGACAUAUACAUGCAUAUGUAUGUCAAUGCUUAAAGCAUAAAUUCAUAUAAAUAUACAAGAAAAUGUUUUGCUUUGCUGUCAAAACAGGGUUAAUUCUUUAUCUGAAAUAUUUCAUUGGAUGUUUAGAGCUAGAGACGGCAAUAGGGGUCGACGAGACGCCAUCAAAAGGAUGGCGUACACGGUUGUGGUGGUUUCUUAAUAAAGUCUCAGGACAUUGCUUCAACAAUUUCUCUAUGGUGGGCAGGUGGAUUACUUUUUCUCUAACCUGUAAAGGCAGAUCGUCAUGUGGACCAAAAUGUGUAGAUACUCCUGAACUAUUAUAAAAUGUAAUGCCGCCAGAGGGUAUUACAGAUAUCAGUGAAUUAUCAUGAAACUGCAUUUGAAUGACGCCAUGUGAGAGCUGAAAUUUCAAAUCUCAAAAUUAAAAAAGUUGUUCAA